AUUUUAUCAUUUUAAAAUCCACGUAUCAACAAUCAAUCCAGUGGCGUCCCUCUGUUUGGCCUUGCCGUCGACCAACCACCACUCAAUCGAUUCCUUCACCAGAAACAACGCCGCCGCCGCCAUAUACAGGGGAAAAUGAAUUCCCGUUUUAUUUCUUUUGCCAAUCGAUCCCUCAAAUCCUAUAACAACAAAUCCCCUCUCUUCUUUCUCUCUCAACCGAGUCAUUGCCUCUCCUCUAUCCCCACCUCGACAAACUCGACCCCGCUGUCAGAUUUCCAGAAAUAUCCUCCGACCCUCGAUGGCCUGCGCCAGCGGCUCGCAGCUGAGUUACCAACCUUAGCCGACUUUACCAAUCUCCAAUCCGAAAACCACUACUCCGUUGAAGUUGGCACCAAGAAGAAGCCCCUGCCCAAACCCAAAUGGAUGAAGGAAUCAAUCCCCGGGGGUGAAAAAUACACGCAGAUAAAGAAAAAAUUGAGGGAAUUAAAGUUGCACACCGUUUGUGAAGAAGCCAAGUGUCCUAAUUUGGGGGAAUGUUGGUCCGGCGGCGAAACAGGCACUGCCACUGCCACCAUUAUGAUUCUGGGUGAUACCUGCACCCGCGGUUGCAGAUUCUGCAAUGUGAAGACAUCACGCACUCCACCUCCUCCCGACCCAAAUGAGCCCACAAAUGUGGCAGAGGCAAUUGCUUCAUGGGGCUUGGAUUAUGUGGUAAUUACCAGUGUUGAUCGCGAUGAUUUACUUGAUCAAGGUAGUGGCCAUUUUGCUGAGACAGUCCAGAAGUUGAAGACAUUGAAGCCAACCAUGCUCAUAGAAGCUUUAGGUAUGAAUCUACCAUGCUUCUGUUUGUUUAAGUUGUUCAAGAUAUGGAUGUAGGAAAUGGAGCUUCUGCAGCAGGUGGAGUAAAAGUAAGGAAAUUGAUCUAGGUUAGCCUUACAAAAAAUAAAUCUGUAUUUAGCCUUAAAAUUGAGCAUGUGCCGAAUUCUGAAUCGUUUAUGCUUUUUCACCUGUAAAUCUGCGAUGAAUGAAACGGGUUUAAGGCAGCUACGAGAAAUUCAGUUACCUGUACAGUUUGUCCGGAUUGGGGACCAU